ACCCAAUCUGAGCGAGACGCAGCGCCUAACACGAGGUCGGCACGGUCGCCAACGCCUAGGACGGUAGAUCGGGCCUCCGGCCUACCCGAUCACCCCUUGACCUCCCAAUCUUUCAAUGCAGAUCCUCAUCACCAUAACAAAAGUGCAAAUCUUCACACCACCUAAUCACCCAUGCUUAGCACACAAAUAGCCUCGAGUUAUCUCAGCGCGGCAUAUAAAAGGGCAUAUAGCCCCCACAUAUGUUUCCACGCUAAACCGGUCUAGUAUUAGUAAGUACUACUACCGAGGUUGCAACAGUUAGCUUUCCAGCGAUUCCAUAUCAUUGACCUGAGCUGCCUCUCCCGUCGAGAGAACGAUCCCUGCAAGCAAAGCAAGGAGAGGCGAGGAUGAAGGUGCUGUGCGACGUGUGCGCAGCCGAGGCGGCCUCGGUGUUCUGCUGCGCCGACGAGGCCGCGCUGUGCGACGCGUGCGACCGCCGCGUGCACCGUGCCAACAAGGUCGCCGGCAAGCACCGCCGGUUCUCGCUGCUCAACCCGGCGCCGUCCGCGUCGCGGUCAACGCAGCAGCCGCCUCCUCCGCUGUGCGACAUCUGCCAGGAGAAGAGAGGGAUCUUGUUCUGCAAGGAGGACAGGGCGAUCCUGUGCCGGGACUGCGACGUUUCGGUGCACACGGCCAGCAAGCUGACCAUGCGCCACACCCGGUUCCUGCUCACCGGCGUGAGGCUCUCCGCCGAGCCGGCCGCAUGCCCGGCGCCGCCGUCGGAGGACGAGAAUAGCAGCAGCAGCUUCUGCUGCAGUGCCGGCGACGCGGCCCCGCCGGCGCCCGCCACGAGCCACGGGAGCGACAGCAGCAGCAUCUCCGAGUACCUGACCAAGACGCUGCCCGGGUGGCACGUCGAGGACUUCCUGGUGGACGAAGCCACUGCCGCCGCCGCCGCCGCCGCCGCCUCAGCGACUGCUAUUGGCGUCUCCGCGGACGCAUCGUAUCAGGGAGGGCUAGCUCGGAUCGGCGGGCUGCAAGACGGCUACUCCGCGUGGAUGGCGCAGCAGCAGCAGGUGUUCGGCGACAGCGCGGUCGCCGGCGACGCCCGGGCAAGCCGGGAGCUGUGGGUGCCGCAGAUGUACACGGAGCUGGCCGGCAGCAAGAGAUCCAGAACCACGUCCGCUUCGUACUCUUACUGGUGAAUGAACGGAAGACCGUGCCAUCUGUAUUAUGCAUCGGCUGGUGUACUACUACUUGUUUCGGGCCUAAUUAUCUGUGCAUUUUUGCGCUUCCGGGCGUCCUCGUCCCGGUGGAUGCUUGGGAGUGUUUGUGCUUUUUAGGUAGUAGAGAAAAGCUCCGCGUCCUUGUUCCUGUC